CAAGAUAAGGAGAGGAAGGGGGUUGAGCAAUCUGACCACGACUCCACACACACUCUCUCUCUCUCUCUCUCUCUCUGGGCUGAACGGGACUUCCUUCCUGACUUGGACCAGCGCGAAAACAAACACCGCGAAGAAUGUAUAAAUGCGACUCUGUUUCAGCUUCGGAUCAUCGAUUGGAGCCGUUCAAUACAACCGGAGGUCCCAAUUAGAAGUCCCCCUCACUCCGCCGGCAUGAAUCUCGCGACUCUGGCUCUGAUUUUCUGCGCACUGUUCCUGCAGGAAGCCGCCGCCUCCGGGCGCGCCAGCUGCUCCGGGGGUCUCUGCUUCUUCCAGCGCUCGGCGGACUUUGAAGCUGCGGAGAAAGCCUGCAAAGAGUCGGACGGACAGUUGAUGCGACUCGACUCUGACGAACAGGUGGACGCGAUCCGUCUGCUGAGACCGGGGAGGUACUGGUUGCGCGGUGGUGCGAUCUGCACCGCCGUCUCCGUGGAGAGCGGGUCCUUAGUCUCGUUAGGGCCGGAGCCGUGCCGAAACACCCUGGACGGAUUCUUGUGUCUGUACGAAUCCUCUACGGUGUGCGGAGCAGUUCAGAGCAGUGGAGGCACGUUGGUUAUGUACAGAACAGUGACGGGAUUUGACGUGUUGGAGUCUGAGACGUUUCCUCCAGGGACCCUGGCCCUGGUGAGACAGCCGGGCGCUCGGUACCCGGACUCUAAGCACCUGUGCAUGUCCACAUGGUUACAGUCUCCGUGGCCCUGCGAGGUCUUCCAGGGCGGCUGCGAUCACGGCUGCAACAAAACCUCCAACACCUGCACGUGUCCGGACGCACGCGCUCUCCAUCGCAACAACAUCUCCUGCAUGGAGCCCACAGCUGCCAGACCCCAGCCUGAAACCCCACGCUGCCCCGAGGGCUACAAGCCGGCGGCGGACGGCGGUCGCUGCGUGGACGUGGAUGAGUGCGCGGAGGCGUCGGAUCUCUGCACGGGCGAGGGCGAGCAGUGCGUCAACCUGGACGGGAGGUACGAGUGCAGGUGCGCGCACGACUUUGUGGAGGAGGACGGCGUCUGCGUCAACACGUCGAUCUGCUUGUUGUGCGAGCACAUGAAGUGCGAGAAGGUCAGCGGGGUGUACCGAUGCGAGUGCAAGGAGGGGUACCGGGUGUCCCCCAAAAACCCCACCGAGUGCGAGCAGGAGUGCCACCAGAGAGAGUGCCCUGCGAUCUGCAACAGCAAUGAGGCGCUGGAGAAGAAGGACAUGCAGCAGUGCUACUGCCCCGAGGGCUACAUCGUGGACCUCGGGCACGGCUCCGCCACCUGCUACGACAUCGACGAGUGCAAAUCACAGAAGUUCUGUGACCACGAGUGUGAGAACCUGCCCGGUGGGUUCAGGUGUGUGUGCAGGGAAGGCUACAGGCUGCAAGGGAUUGACAAGUGUGUUCGCCUGCAUCAGGGAGGGGAGGAAGAGGAGGAGGAGGAGAGCGCAUCGGGGUCGCCUCCUGAUCUCGCCAGCACGCCGGUCAGCCUCCAACCGGCCGCCGUGCCCUCUUACAUCAAGACCGGCAGCGUCCUGGGCAUCGCCGUGUUCGUGGUGCUGUGCGUGGCGCUGCUGGUGUGCGUGGUGAAACGCUCGUUGAGACGCUGCGCGUCGCUGAACCUGAACUCCUUAAAACACCCGGACAUCGAUAUUUUCUACCUGCAGCAGAUCACAACGGAGACCUACAAGAGAUUAUCGUUCGAUAAGCAGUUUAAAAACGACUCGCAAAGAGUCUGAGGGGCGAUGCGCCGAUCGGUGCCCAUACAGAUGCAACGUCCGAUUUGUUCGUUGUUUCGAUUUUUCUCUCAUAACAUAAAACCCAACUGUGCUUCAGAUGAAGGAAUUACAAAACUCCAAUGCAUAAAACCUGAUUCUUUUUUAUUAUUAUAAAAAUGUACAAGAAGACAUCAUAUGUUUAUGGACCAAAAUGAUUUUUGUUCCUCUUUUGAGCUGUGAAGCAUUUAAUGUUAAGAAUUGCAACCUAUUAUUAAUGAGAGAAAAUCGGUGUGUUUUGAUCGGGCUGAUCGGUGCAUCCAGGUUUGUCCUUUUAGACAGAAAUUUAUCCUGAGGCCACAUUAUGUUUAAAAAAACUGUAAGUCAUACUAUUAGUGAAGUGAGAAAUAAAAACAGCUUUAAGAUUUCUGUCCCAUUAAAAAAACAAUUCUUAAGUUAGAUCAGUUUCCAGCUUUAGUCAGCUACUAUUGGCGCAAGCUGCAGUUUCCAACAUUUCCUAACGUUCUAUGCACGUAUUUGCUGCAAUUCUCAAGUUUAUUCCGCUUUAAUUGUCUGACGAAGUUACAUUUAAUGUAAAGCUAAAAACAGAUCGACACUGGAUGUGACUGAAAAAGAAAAAAAAAUGAGCUGCCUGAUUUAUGGACCUUUGACACGAUCACCGCAGAUCUUCUCAUUGGGAGAAAACCGCAGCGUGGAAAUCGAGCGGACUGAUGACUCGCGAGUCAUAAAUAUAAAGUGGUAUUUAUGUUAACAGUUAAAUGAAAGCUGGACGUCAGGUUCUUAAUGACCUGAAUUGUGUAAAAAAAAAAAAAAAAAAAAAAAAAAAAAAAAAAAAGGCUGUGUGACGAAGGAACUGUGAAAUGAGUGUCACCUACGAGUAAACCACAUCGCGUCAGCAUGGUCUGUACACUACUACUCAUAACCUGACUGUACCAGGCUGAUUCUCACCGGUCAGCUUCAUGUGAAUGUAAAACUGUGCUGCUAUUACAUGUAUUACAGCUGCAUACAUCUGUACGACAAGCCUUCUUGUAUAAAAUCAUGGUUAACUGUGUAUUUGUUUUCUAGUGAAUAUGAUGCCAAAGGAGACGAGUUAAUAGUUUGCUGUCGUCCAACCGAAUAUUUGGACAACAGCAAAAUAAAAAAAAUCAAUAAAAAAAUUACCUUAA